AUGACAAUGGGAUCUAUGGUAGUGGUGAGGGAUUGGACAAUGAUAGGGAACCAUAGGGAAGACGAUGGUUGUAAAGGUGGUUCCGAUAGUGAUUUAACAAGACAAAAUGGUGGUAGUGAUAGGAUUUUUGAGAGAGAGGUUCGGAUGGCUAACUUCCUUUGGUCGAAGAAGAUGGGAGUACCCACAUCCAGGAGGAAUCUACUGUACCAUAUCAUGUUCUUUAAUAAAUUUCUACUGGGUUACAAACCCCGCGGCCAUGAACUUUGUGCUUCAAAAAAACCAUCGAAUAAUGACUUUAUGCUUCAAGAAAGAAAGAUGAUAUUUACUAGCAACUAA